GUAACGCGAAAGCAGCCGAAGUCUGAAGUCGCAAGUCGCCGAACUAGUAAAGUCAUUGUCUUGCUGGCCUUGUUGCUUGUUGCUAACUUAUGUUCUAGUUCUUUUAAUUAUUUGUUUUAAUUCAAAUAAUACCCUAUAAAUAGUGCCGUUGUGUGUGUUAAAAUUUUGAAGUCAAAGGAUACAAAAUUCCAGGAUGGCCUGGACAGGUUACCAGAAGUUCCUAGCUGCAAUGCUAGUAGUUACGGGGUCCAUUAACUCCCUGAGUACGAAAUGGGCUGAUAAAUUGCAAGCUAAGGGCUCCGAUGGACAGAUACGUGAAUUUGAACAUCCGUUCCUUCAGGCGGCGGCCAUGUUUCUCGGGGAGAUGCUCUGCCUGCUGACAUUCAAGCUGAUCUACUACAAGACGAAGAAUACUGGAGGGCAUGCUCUUACCAAUGGCAAUCAGAACUUCAACCCGUUCAUCCUAAUGCCGGCUGCAAUGUUUGACUUGAUUGGAACUUCGAUCAUGUACAUCGGUUUGACGCUGACCUACGUGAGCAGCUUCCAAAUGUUCAGAGGGUCUAUCAUCAUAUUUGUUGCCGUGCUCUCCAUGACUUUCCUGGACAGAAGAAUAAUUCGGCGCGAGUGGGCUGGCAUUGGGUUCGUUAUCAUCGGUCUAAUAGUGGUUGGUGUAACGGAUGCCCUGUACCAAUCAGCUGGAGAGGCCAAAGGUAGGAACAGCCUGAUCACCGGAGACCUGCUCAUCAUUGUCGCCCAAGUUAUCUCUGCCUGUCAAAUGGUGUACGAAGAGAAAUACGUCGCUGGUCUUAACAUUCCACCACUGCAAGCUGUAGGAUGGGAAGGUGUCUUCGGUUUCUCGGUACUUUCUUCGCUUCUGGUCGUGUUCUACUGGACUCCUGCCCCUCCCCACUUUGGCAACAAUGCUCGAGGAACCGUCGAAGAUGCUAUUGAUGGCCUGGUACAAAUCGGCAACAACCCCCUGAUCUUGGUAGCGACUUUGGGCACUAUCAUUUCUAUUGCGUUCUUCAACUUCGCCGGUAUCAGCGUCACCAAGGAAAUGUCUGCUACUACUCGAAUGGUCCUGGAUUCUAUCAGAACGUUCGUGAUAUGGAUGGUGUCUCUGGCGGUGAGGUGGCAAACUUUCCACUGGCAGCAUCUGAUCGGGUUUGCCAUCCUGAUCUUUGGCUUGUGCGAGUACAAUGGCGUUGUACCUCGAUGCCGUCGCGCCGCUCCAGAGCCUCUCGCUGACGAUGCCGAGAGCCAGGCCGUCGUCACCGAGCCUGAACCGACAGAUCACGAUACAGAGGAACAAUAGGUAAAGCAUUCUUUACCAAUUCAGUGUCCACAACCAUCAUAUCAAGCGCACACGAGAAAUUUGGACUGGCCACUGAAUUUGUAAAAGAAUCCAAAGUGAGAAACGGUUAUGCAGUGUAUCUUAUACGGGAACAUUAAUAUUUUGAUGAUGUUUACUAUAAAAUUAGAAAAUUUAAUGACUUUUCGGUAAUGUACGGUUAUAAUACUCUUUGUAAUGUUCACUCGGCAAUGUGUAUGUUUUAUGUCUCAGUGUCCAAAGCUAUACAUGUGAAAUUAAUGUAUAAAGAAGAUUAGUUGGUGUUCACAGUUCCCAUACAUAAAAUUCCAAGAGAAGUAGCAGAUUAGUCUUCUUUCUUGUUCAAUUAGACUGUUAGAUUUUUAUCCGUAAUAUGCAAAUGUUCUGUGGUACUUGUAUCAUGGCCGUUGUUAUAUUUAUGACAGUUGUUACACAUGAUCCACUCCUAACUUGCCAAUCAAAAUAAGAAACGAUUUUCACUAUAUUGGAAUCUUCAUAUAUUUUAUAGAACUAUUGAUGUUUAAACGAUAUAGAAUGUAUAAUAAAAUGUAUGUUUAACUGUACAGCGUGACUUUUAAGUAACUGCUUUCCCGCAGUAGAACAAUUUGCCCUCAAUAUGAUCGUAUCAAAAUAUAGUUUGAUACGAUGUUAAGGGAAAAUUGAAAUUAUGUUUUGGCUAAUGUCUUUCAUGAAUACAGUAUAAUAUCAGGUGAUUUACAAACGCGACAACACUGACUUAAUAGUCAGUUCAGUCGCCUGCGCCGUUUAAUAAAACAGCUCAUGAUGAUGACUAUUCUAUCUAAGAAGAUAGAUCGAUUACCAUCAUAGAUUGUACCGAGACAAAAUCAAUUAGCCACGGGAGGGCAUGAAAAAUCACGCUGUAUAAACCUAUAUAGAUGUUUGUUUUUAUACAUAUUAAAAUAUAAUGUAAUGUGUAUUUUAUAUUACUAUAUUAUAUAUAUAUAUAUAUAUAUUACAAGAUUAUGAUAGAUAGAAUGGCAUUUGUCAGUUACAAAUCAAAAGAAGGAACGGUAGUCCAAAUGGUGAUAGGAAGUGAUGUAUUUAUAUUAUAUCAUAUACUUAAUAUAAUAUUAAUAAGUGUAUAUGAAUAGUAAUUAUAACAUUAUACGACUAGUUUAAAACGUUGUUAACUUAUAAAGAAGGUUAAUGAAAUAAACCCGUAGAUAUAUGACAAUAAAGUAACCGGUGCAUCGUCAUAUGAUUUUAAUAGUUCGCAAGGACUGCCUCGUUGGUCGAUUGUUGUGUGUGACUGUCGAGCAAGGGGUAAUUAAUUCUCUGGUCAGGCAAUAUUAUUGAGCUUUUCGAUAUUCGAAAGGCUCUAUAAUAGUAGGAAGUCUGGAUUUAGACCUGGUUUGGCAAUAGUAGUUGGCUUAUAUAGUGCUACAUUUUACAUGUGCACACGUCUUUCUCCUUUAGGGGGUAAAAAUUUGAGGUUAUGCCUGAUUCCAAAGGAACGGUUACUUUUUGUCCUCAUUUACUCGUUCCCUACACUCCAUAGGCAUUUGCCUCUAAUGUGUUGUCCGUAUAAGAAUUUUAGAAGAGUAUAAAAAACAGAUCUUAGCUCAAUUCGUGUAAUUUUUUAUAUUGUAGGAAUUAAUGAAAUAAUCGAUUAAUAUCAAUUGAUUCGAUGUCUUACACUUUAUGUCUAAGUUUAAGGAUUUCGGUAUUGUACCAUUGUUGCGUAUGUCACAAGCUAAUAUUGCACUGUUUUCGUAAUCCAAGAACAUUUUUCUUGAAGAGAAUAAAACAGUAUACCCUCUCCACGCCGCAAUGGAACAAUGCCUUCGCGAAACUAUCAGAACUAAAAGCAAUAUUACAGUUGUUAUUAGAUUAUACACGCUGGUUAGGGAGCUAGCAUACUAGUAUUUACAUUCAAUAGUAUAAGGUCUAUUUUUGCUUCCAUAUAAAUCUAAUACAUUUAUUAAUAAAAAGUAGCUUCCAAUCUGACAGGAAAUUAAAAUUACGACACCAAUUUGUUAUGAAGUACAUAGAUUUAUUAUAAGAAUUUAGUUGAUUGAACACACUUGACUGGUAUCGACCUGUGUGUGUUAGCCAACUGGGGUUAAGGUCGUAAACUGAACAUUUGAUCUGUAAUAUAAACGAUCACUUGUUUAACCUGACUGCCAAUAUAAAACGCACAAUACAAAAAAUACCUUGUGUCUCAUAUAAGUAGAUCUAUUGUCCAACAAACGACGGUAUGAAAUGAUAUUAGAUCGAAUGAGUACUAGGAAUUUACCAAUAUGUUGUUACAAGUAGUAAUGUUCAGGUAGAUACUUAAUUAUUUAGCUACCAUUGCUAGGUAUAAAAAGAAUAUUUCUCCAAUCAGUGGCUUCCACUAAAUCUUAAUAGAAUGGCAGAAGACGUGAAUAGCGAAUAUUGGAACUGUAGACUCGUCCCGCCUCGACUUAAGUAGGCGUAGAACCUAAUACUAGUUACUGUAAUAGUAAAAUAAUCGUUGUUUUAUAGUUAACGAGUUUAUUUUCUCAGGUUAUUGUUACAGAAUACGAUAUUAUUAUGUACGUCUCCAGCUUCCACGGUGAUACAGUUAGUUAUUGGUUUAAUUAUGUGUUCGAUUCGCGGUUGUGCAAUUGUUAUUUUUUCUAGUUGCAAGCAAACUGUACAGUUUUAUCGACUUCUUACAUCUUCAUCUUGAUAGAUUAUAAAAUAUAUUAUUGGAUACAAGUUAUUCGUACACCAAAGAACUUAUUAUAAUUAAGGACCAAUCAUAAUGAACUUUGAUGGUAAGCAAUAAAGACCUUUUUUGAUAAACCAGAUUUUUAGUGAUAUUUACAUACAUAUAUUAGUAUAUACUACGUAAUAAGAAUUCAAAUCUAGCUCCCUAACCAUACAAACAGAUUAUUGAAAUAUAUUAUACUAAUAUUAUCACAAAAACGCAUCUAAAUGUAUUGUAGCAUCAAUAGAAUGUAGUUAGCUGUUAAGGAGUAAUUACUAAUGCAAACGUGUUAUAUUAUAUUCCAAAAAAUAUAUCAAAGAAGCUACGAAA